GUAAGAUUAAGUGUUGUUUGUGUGUUACGUUAAAAUUAUGAGCCAAACAUGGAAGAAACGGUUUUGCUGGGUCACAGAAGGAAAGGUUGCAAGAUUAUGGGCAGAGCUAGUGGCGGCGGUGAGGCGGCGUGGGCGCGGCGACGGCAGCGACGACGACGAGGACCUAGGCCUCCCACGCAGUCCCCCCGCUUCGCCCCCCACCGACAAGGCUGAUAAGAGGCACCACACGGGGAUAUCUCACUCGUCGUGCAGCGAUGGCUCCCUGCUCAGUGUGGGCUCCUCGGAGAUGGACGAAGACAGCAGCAGCGGACACCUCCACUCGCAUGACCAUUCCAAUAGGAGUGACCUCUCUGAUUUUUACAAUUCGUCGGAGCCGCCGAGUGGAGUGGCGCCACUGUCGCACUCAGCCGCCAAGCACAAGAUGGCUGUGCGCCCGCGGCGCACGCAUGGCGCUCCACGCCGGAAGAAGAAUAACCCUAUUACUGCAUCAGCCUUGCCGAUAACGCCUGAGCUAAACGAAGAAAUGAUACGAAGCACUACUCCUGAAGUCACACAUAAGACCUCAAAUGUUGUUACUGAAUCAUUUUCUUCAUCAACGACUACAAAACAUGUAAUCGUGAAGGAACAGCACCAACAAUUCAACCGGGAGCUACAACGAGUGAUAGAAACUCCGAGUGAUACCAAACUCAAGUCUUCUUCCUUGCCUCCAGGCCUCGCUCUUAGCCAACUUGUCGGUCAAUCCCCAACCAAACUCAGCAUCGCCGAGAACAACACCCCACGGUCUUCCAUAAAGAGAAGCAAGUCCAGCUCCCAAGAUCAAGCUUUGAGAGACUCUCCCAAAGUACAAGUAAAAGAAACCUAUCAUUCAGAAGACAGAAUGCCCAAAUACAAAGUGAAUAACAAAUACGCCGAAGAAUCUUGCCUUGAAAAGAAAUCUAAGUCAGAAAAGAAGACAGAAAAUGAAGUUAUUAGAUCUACGAAGAAGGAAGAAUCAUUUUUUAGCAGACUGUUGUUGAGAAAAAGUGGGAAAAAAUCCAAAAAAGACCAAUCAGAUGCUGAAGGACAACAAGAAAUUAAAAAAUCCAAAACUGAAAAGCCUUCACCGCAAUACAGAAAUGUUGAUACGGAUAGAAGUGGCUACAACCAUGGGGAAGGACAAGGCCAUAAGCCUAUACCUGCGGAGAGGACACAUAAAUCUGCUGGACAGAAAGCGUUCGCCAAUCAAAUGCACAAACGGUUAGAUAGUAAAGGAGCUUAUGUUCAAGACAGCGCUUAUAAAGAUGUAUACAGUGCUGCAAAACUGUCCGGAAUGGAAUAUAGCAUUACUGAUCUCAAAAUCGCCGAAGAAACAGACAAAAUGUUGAAUUUAGAAAUGAAAAAUCGUUUUAGCAGACGUGAUGAAUUCAGCGAAAAGAUUGAAAGGACGCAACGAACAUCUUCGAAAGAAACGAUUGACGACAAAAGAGAUUCUGUCAACGUACAUGAGAAACCCAAGCGACCAACGUCUAUGCAGAGAUUGGAUCCAUUCUCGUCAAAAGCAUUCAUUAGUAAUGAACAAGCUUGUAGGGCUCAAGAAGAGAAUUUAUCGCCUACCUUAGAGAUCUCAGAUGACGAGCCGCCAAUACGGGCGAUGCGUAUAAAAAAUCACAAUGACUACGUAUUUCACAGCGGUAGUAUGCCUAAAAAUUUACCAUACUUCAAUCCAGGCAUAACUGUAACUGACUCUACGCAUCCGCUUAAAACGAUUCGGCACCAAAGCCAUGAAAAUGUCAAGCAUUUAAACAGGUCUUCAGAGCACGUUGCCGAGUUCCGUGACAGAAAUAACAUGGACAGAAAACGUGAAACUUUCCACCACUCGAGCAAAACUGAAGAGUCCUAUGCAACUUCUGAACUACGAUCUCUGGGUGACGAAUUCACUGAAGCCAGAAGCAGUAUUGGUAAAUCGCAUAGUUUCCGCUAUGCUUCAGAAACUACGUCUAUGAGUUCUCAAGACAGUCAGAUGCCUAGUCUGCCAGCCAUUGUGGGCAUAUCUGAACCUUUGCUUGAAAGUUGGGAAGCAAAUUAUAGGAGAAAUGUCAGCGACAGGCACGAUUUCUCUAAAGGCAUUUCCGUGAGGAACUAUAAUUUACAUCACAGCAACGUAGAAGCCUAUGACAGCCUACCGAGUACUGACAGUAGCUACCUGGAUAGUCUUAAAACCGAGACAAUAGAAGACAGAAAACUAUUUGCAAACAGUAUCCACAUAGCCGUGGACAGUCGAAAGAGAGACAGUGAUAUUUCCCAGAUAGAGGCCAAAAUUGACGAUAUUAUUAGCUCCCCAAAGCCUAUCAUUGCUUCAAUACUCAAAUCUAGUUCUUUAGAUAGUGUUAAGAGUAGCCCAGAAAAACCUGUAGAUGAUAGAAGGAAAACUAUAUCCGUGGAAAGUUCUUUAAGUCAAGGAGGAAAGGUAAAUCAGAAAGAAAAGCAAGACACAGACAACUUUAUAUCAGUUACUCACGUCAAUAAGGAACAAACUCAUGCAAAGAAUAAUGAACCUCCUAAAAUGAACAAGAGCGAUGAAAAAAUACAGAAAACUGAAGCAAAGCCUGGAGUACCAGAAUUCCUUAAUUUUAAAUUAAACCGAGUUGACGCCAAGCCUACAACGAAUGUAGUUUUGACUGCAAAUGUUACGCCAAAGAAACUUGAUAGUCCACAAGCCGAAAAGGAACAAGAAAUAGAAUGUUUCAAAAUUACUGAAACGAAACCUCUUAAUGUUCCACCUAUAAAGAAAGAAGCUGUUAAUAAAGUGGUUGAAAGCGUUGAAAAUAUACAAACCGAAGAAAAAAGGUCUCCAGUUAAUGUAAGGCAGUCUGUGCAAAAUGUUGUUCCACAAAGUCCUUCUACACCAAAAGCUUUCUUCAAACGUAAAUCAACAAGUGUGGAACUACAAGAUCGGCCUGAAAAACAACGAACAAACUCAAUGAGUACAGAUGGAAGUACAGAAAAGAUUUUCGACAACAUAUCUAUGGAUCAAAAGUCUCAUUCUAGUUUUGGUAGCAAAAGUUCAAUUCAAAGUACAGAUAGCAAUGAACCUAAGACCCCAGAUAGACACGAAGAAGUGGUCGUGUACCGUAAGAAACCUAUUUUAGCCAAGGAAUUACGUAGUGACAAGAAAGAUGACGAACCGGAAUUGAUGAAAGUUUUUGCUCGUCGGUCUCUUAAGAUUAAGGACACAGAAGCACGACAUGAAGAUUCUUAA